AUGACGUUGAAUUUAGCAAAGGUACGAGACACGUACUUUGACCAGCUUUUCUUCAAGAAUAAGAAAGAAGGAGAUGCAAACGAUGUCCUGGCAAAAGUUCUAUUGCUAGAUCGUACUACAACUUCGGUAGUAUCAAUGUGCUACACGCAAACGCAACUUCUUCAGCAGGAAAUUGUUUUGAUUGAACUUUUGGAAAAUCAAGACCAGCUUAGCUACAUGAAACAUAUGAAUUGUAUUGUAUACAUAAAGCCAACAGUGGCAUCGAUAUCAGCAUUGGCAAAGGAAUUGAGAAAUCCGCAUUUCAAGAACUAUCGCCUCUUCUUCAAUAACAUGGCCAACAAGUCACAGCUAGAGCAAAUUGCCGAGGCCGACGACUAUGAGCUGGUACAAAGAGUUGUGGAAUUGUUCCAGGAUUAUUUGACGAUUAAUGACAACUUGUUUACCUUGGACAUUCCCCGUGAUGUUGCGAAUCCCUUCAUAGAAGAGUCCAACUGUCUUAUCAGUUUAUUGCUCUCGCUCAAAAAGUGCCCAAUCAUCAAAUUCGACUCAAACUCAUUAUCCGCCAAAAAAUUGAGCUCAGAACUUCUCUAUGCCAUAAACUCGAAUUCUAACAAUAAUCUCUUUGAAGAUCUUAACAAGAAAUCCGACCGACCACCCGUGCUUCUUCUAUUGGACCGAAAGUGCGACCCUAUUACACCUCUCCUUAUGCCAUGGACAUAUCAGUCGAUGAUUCACGAAAUAAUAGGCAUAGACAAGAAUAUCGUGCAGCUCAAACUGGCCAAAGAACCAAUUACACUCUCCGAUUCGCAUGAUGUUUUUUUCAAAGAGUCUAUAUAUCUCAAUUAUGGAGACUUGACAGAUAAGUUUCAAAAAUAUGUGGAAGAUUACAAGAAGCAAACCAAGCUGUCAUCGAUUGAGAAUCUCAAGACGCAGAAUUUGGUCGAGUUGAAAAAUAUGCUAACCAAGUUUCCUCAAUUUCGUAAAUUGCUGAACAAUAUCUUGAAACACCUCAACAUCAUUAGCGAGAUUGACAAUCAUAUAUCAGCUCAAAACAUGUGGGAAAUAGGAGAACUUCAGCAAAUUAUUGCAUCAAACUUGGAAUCGCAAGCAUCAAUCAAGCCACGUUUGUUGUCUAUUCUUGAAACUUCUAGUUGCUCGACCACAAAUAAAAUUAAGUUGGUCUUGCUCUAUAUGGCAAGAUUUCACGCAUAUUCUGACCUUGAGACGUUUAUCUCCAGACUCGAGAAUCCCGGCUUUACUUCCCCUCCACCUUCUGCGUCACAAAUCUCUCUUAUGAAGUCGUUUGGAAAGAGGUUUAACACAGGAGGAUUAUUCGAAACCUCAUCACACAACACCAAUAAUAUCAGCAACCUUUUCAACAAAAAGAUCAGCAUCAAUCAGCUUUUCAAUAGCUCCAAUAAUCGCACACAACCGGAUAACGUAUUCAUGCAAUACAUACCUGUGCUCAAUGAUAUCCUCAGCCCCAUAAUUCGACCCUCCAAUCAAGCACAUGAGACUGUUGCCAAGCUCUCGACUUUGGUACCGGACGCAGUAAAAAACCAGUAUGGCAAUGUGAACUCCAAUGAACCAGCGCAAGAUAUCAUUGUUUAUAUCAAGGGAGGUGUUACAUACGAAGAGGCAAGACUAGUCCACGAACUCAGUGCGUCCAAUCCAAGUAUCAAUGUUCUUCUUGGUGGUGACAAAGUUCUUAACAGUAGUAGCUGGCUCCAUGACCUAUAUGAUGCAACCAACGAUGAGGAAGCUCACUUGGCAGAAAGGGCAGAUAGGAAAGCCCAAUUACGUGAACUUUUGUAA